CUUAAGUAUCAGCCUAGCAGAAUCAUAUGCGCAGAGUUUGACAGCAGGAGUGGGGAUCCCCAUCUGAUUCUGGAAUAUCUCUCCUUGACUGCAGAAAAACCGCUGAAACACUGUUAGAAAUUCAGGUCUGUCACUUUGAAAAAGCAGGUCAUUCAAUGAAGUCUACAAAACCAGAAGACAAAUGACAUCUAGCUUGAGAAGAACUCGCCCUUGAGUGGGAAAGACAGGUGCAAUGGAAACUACAAGGGUACUUUUCUUCAGACUCUUUCUUGUCUUGUAUCUCCUUCAGAUGGUUACACCAAGUUCAGGUGAACCCAUAGACAAUGAAGUAGAAGAAAUCUGCCAGUUGUCUCCACCGCAGAGUGCACAACACAUGGAGAUCCGCUGGUUCCGUAACCGCUACACACAACCUAUUUACCUGUACAAGGCAGGUAAAGAUCUGUAUGGAGAAACUACCUCCAGGUAUGUGGAGCGGACAGAACUCCUGAAAGAUGCCAUUGGAGAAGGUAAAGUGACCCUCAGGAUCUUUAAUGUCAGUGUUGAUGACGACGGGCAGUACCACUGCUUCUUCAGAGAUGGUGAUUUCUCUGAAGAGGACAUCAUAGAAGUGAAGGUCACAGCUACAAGCUCAGACAUACAGAUUUUUGUGCAUCCUCCUAAUACCAAAGGUCUUAUUAUGGAAUGUCAUUCAGGAGGUUGGUUCCCACAGCCUCAAAUGGACUGGAGAGACAGCAGAGGAGACAUACUCCUACCUACAUCAAAGUCUCACUCACAGGAUGGAGACAAAUUGUUCAACAUGAAGAUGACCCUUCUUCUCAGGGAUGCCCACUCUGGAAAUGUUGCUUGCUACCUUAGAAACCCUCUAACUGGCCAAGAGGAAAGAACAAGCAUUGUCUUAGCAGAUGAACUAUUUUCACAGAAGAAAAUUUGGAUAAUAAUUAUAAUUACACUUGCGACAGUGCUGAUAUCCUCUAUUGCAUUUCCCAGUGUUGUAUUCUAUUGCCAACAGGAACAAGGUAGAUGCUGCAGCUGGAAUUCUCCUCUGUUAGUGGGUUCAGUAAUAAUCAUUUCUUCAGUGGUUGUGGAUGUCGUACUCAGUGUCUGUUUGUAUCAGCGUCAAAGAGUUCCUGAUUCAGAUCCACUAUUUGCAUUGGAUGCCAUCUGGGCGGAAGAUAUGAUUGUUUUCCUCUGGGUGCUGAUGGUCUUCAUCACCAUGCUCAUUUCCCUUAUUUACUUCAAAAUGAGAGAUUCCCACCGUGAUGCUCGGCCUAACCUUGGACCUGAAGCAAUAGAGUUGGCUGGCCAUAGACUGAAUUCCUGAAAUCAUGAUCCUGAAAUAAACUAUUCCUCCUCUAAAUUGUUCUUAUUAGGUAUUUUGACUACAAGGAUGAAAUGUUGACUAACACAGUGCCGUUCCUUUUCCCACCUGGAACAAUACUUUAGCAAGGUUAAAUUAUACGACAUGUCACCUGAGACAUGUGGUGCAUGUGAAGGAAAGCCUCACUACAGAGGGCUCCUGCCCUUUUGUGGAUUAGGAGGAGUAAUGAGGGUAUACAGGGAAGGAUUAGGAAUGGAAAUGCAUUGAGUCAGAAGACAGGAGAAUUUUUAUAGUCAAGAUGUUUUAUAAAAUAGACAGACUCAGCAGAGAUGAUUGAAAUUUGUCUUAGCUGAGGAUCUCAAUAAAGAGGCCUCUAAAAGACAGUUCCUGGACCACAUAUGCCAAGAGCAUGACUGCCUGAGAGCUGGGGAUUGAUUCCUUGCCUGCAACUCCCUGCAGACACUUUAAGGCACUGGCUGUGUGCAGUAUGUGGUGUAGGAAAACAGCUUUCUCCAUGAGGCUUGCUAGGCAAAGUCUUUGUAAUUUCCUAUGGUGGGACAUAAAGGAUCACACACAGGACAUUGGGCAGGAGACAAACUUCCCUCAUUACAUUCUUAAUGUUCAGAUACAGUCCACCAUUGCAAUGAAACAAAUGCAGGGUAUAAGUGUAUUUGCAAAGUACAAAUUUGUACUCCUUAUACUAGUUUCUGCCAACAAGAAAAUCAACCAGUCAUUUGCAUUUAUAAGAAUGGAUUAAUGAUAAAGGGAAGUAGUAUGGAUCCUAUAGUUAAUACUCUUCAGCUUAAGUCACAUUUACCUACUGACUCAAUGAGACUAACUGCUGUGACCUGCACAGCCAAACCUUAGAAACUGGCAAGGGGCAAUGGGGAAUUAAGAAAGACACAUAAAUAUUUAGAGAGAAAGCUGGGAUCAGGUAAUACAUUGAUCUGUGAUGGAGAAGCAGUGACCCACAGCCAGCACAGCACAUUUAUUAUAUAGGGUUUCAUAAUCAGGAAGUUAAUGUUCUUUGUGCACUAAAAAGUUACAGGACUAGAAAUAUUUUUGUAGCUAUUCUACUGUUGCAAUGUCAGGAGCAUCCUGUUGUGUUCAGGAAUCCCAUUGUCCAGAGUUCCUAGGAAGAGGGCAGGGUUGGAGGUCAGAGCACUGGUCAGACAUUAUGGUUAUCUUGUCAAGCUCAGAAUUCUCUUUUCCUCAGAAUUGGUGCCUGAGCUCAAAGUCAAGACUGAUAUAGCUCUGUGUUUUUGCACAGAGCCUUUUCAGGCAGGCUGUCCAUAGCAACUGGGCAAUCUUGACCUGCACCUUGCUUGCCCAAGAAGUUCCCAAUGCAAGUGUACCACAACCAUGAGGCAGAGACCAUGAUCCAAAUCACUUCUCUCCAUAACUAACAAGAGAAAGUGAAGGAGAAGUUUUACUUUCUGUAAUGCAGAAGACCAAAGAAACUGAAAUAUACUCUCUUCAGCUACAUGGAGCUCCAAGGCCAUUGAUUGAUGGUGCUUCUCUGUGUCCUACUAAGAACAAUGACAGAGGUGAUUGAAAAACAUGU